AUGAAGUUAAGUGUGCCAACAGACAUUCGUGACGGUCUGACUGGAAGCAGCAUAGCGAUUGAUACGCGACUAGUUAAUGCCCUGUAUGACUCGGCGGUCUCUCGUGAAGUCUUGGACUUCUACUUACCAGGCGAAGAGAGUGAUCGGGCGCUUGCCCUCGUUCUAUUCACGCGCCUGACGGGUGUUGACGACGGUGCCUUGGGCGAGAAGGCGAUUGACAACGGUGCCUUGGGCGAGCGCGUUUAA